AUGGAAGUCGCUGCUGCUGUUGUAGCGUGUACCGUCGUUCCAUUCCUAUACACCACUAUACGGAAGCGUUUCAAAGCCAAAGUGAAUUGCUGGUUUUGUCAAAAAGAUCAGCGAGUUCCCUAUGAACAAAGAAAUUCGUUCAUAUGUUCGAGUUGUGAGCAGUACAAUGGAUUUGAUGACUCUGGCGGAUACAAUCGCAAGAUUCCCGGGCAACAUUGUUUCGGGGCUGCCACACCGGCAAAGAGAUAUUGUACCCCUAUGAAAAGCGGUCUCGCACGACCAGAUGUAGUUCCACGAGAGGGGUUCUCUAGCAAUGGCCUAUGUGAAAAAUGCAACCGCCAGCAAGAGAUAAUAAUGCGGAAAGUGGCGGAUUUCGAGCCGAUGAAUGAGGAACGAUGGAGCGAGGAACUGGAGAUGUUUCGAUAUAAACUGAACAAAAUCUAUCCGUUAUGUGCUAGAUGUACAUUUUUCACGCAGAAUAGGAUGCAAGAAGAAAAGGUGAAAUAUGCCAAUCUCAUCGCACUCAGGAACAGUGUAGCAAAUUCGAUAGUGAGUGGCAUCACGUCCGUUACACGACUGGCUAAAAAGGCUGUACGGCGUCGCCGUCACUUUUUUGCUGGCGGUCUCAUGGUUGAGGUACUGCAUGCGGUUUCGUUUGUCCUUGCAGUGCUGCUGUUCAUUUCUCAGUUCAACUAUUUACAAGAGGACGCUGGACUGGAUUUGAUUCGACUUCCUAUGUUUCUGCAGAGGGCGUUUCCCACUGUGCUAAGCUUAGCUUAUCACCUUGUCGGAGGGCUUUUCUGCGCACACAUAAUGACGAUGUGGAUGAACAAAUGUCGCACAACAUUGCCCGACCUUAUUCUGCCCGCCAUUGCUGCAAUGCAUUUGGCAUCGUUUAUGUUCCCAGAAAACAUGUACCGUGAAGAUCUAGCACUGUUCCGAUGUGCGUUCGCUUGUUUCGAGACAUUGUUGGCUACGGCUGUCACCUUUGUUCCACGUAAAAAGAUUCCUCGGAAUCGGCCGAACAGGAUCUUGUCGAGCGCAUUCUCAAUUGCAUCCACUCCAGCGUCGCAGUGUUCCUCUCAAGCGGCCAGCUGCAACACAUCUGCAGUACACGAUAGGACCAUAGGCAGCGAAAUUGGCGAAAAAGCAAAAGGAUCACCUUCGAAGGAAACGGUUGUACGACACCGUAUGAAAUGGCGAGAACGUGAGCAAACACCAGAGCCUACAGCUAGCCCAGCGAGGAAGAUUGGACCUGAUUACGAGGAUAUGGACUGGGAACCAUCUUUGGAUCACACCAAUGCACAGCAUUCGCGUACUAUGCGCCCAUCUGAUAUGAUGGCACUACCAGGAAGUCGCAAAGAUGUUGUGUAA